CGCACACGCGCGCGCUCCCCGCGGAACUCCCGCCGGCGGUUCGGCGCUCUCCCGAAGGCGCGCUUGGGCCGCCGCGGCCGCCGCCAACAUGGCCGAGACUAGCGAGGAGGUGGCCGUGCUGGUGCAGCGGGUGGUGAAGGACAUCACCAACGCCUUCAGGAGGAACCCGCACAUAGAUGAAAUUGGCCUGAUCCCAUGUCCUGAAGCAAGGUAUAACCGGAGUCCUAUAGUCCUGGUUGAAAACAAACUUGGUGUGGAGAGCUGGUGUGUCAAGUUCCUUUUACCGUAUGUCCACAACAAGCUCCUUUUGUACAGAACAAGAAAGCAAUGGCUGAACAAAGAUGAAUUGAUAGAUGUCACAUGCACCCUGCUGCUUCUAAACCCAGACUUUACCACUGCAUGGAACGUGAGAAAGGAGCUGAUCCUCUCUGGCACUUUAAAUCCAAUUAAGGACUUACAUCUGGGAAAACUGGCCUUAACUAAGUUUCCAAAGAGUCCAGAAACAUGGAUUCAUAGGCGAUGGGUGCUACAGCAGUUAAUUCAGGAAACCUCCCUGCCUUCCUUUGUGAACAACGGAAACUUGGGAACAAUUCCUGCAGAAAGGACACAGCGACUAAUACGAGAAGAGAUGGAGGUCUGUGGUGAAGCGGCGGGGAGAUACCCAAGCAACUAUAAUGCCUGGUCCCAUCGCAUCUGGGUUUUACAACACCUGGCCAAGCUAGACGUCAAGAUCCUUCUUGAUGAACUAUCUUCUACUAAACACUGGGCGUCCAUGCAUGUUUCAGACCACAGUGGAUUUCACUACCGCCAGUUUUUGUUAAAGUCUUUGAUUAGCCAAACUGUGAUAGAUGGUUCUGUAUUGGAGCAAAACCCUUUGCGAAGUGAACCAGCCUCAGUUCUUCCAAAAGAUGAGGAAGCAGCAGCCUCAACAGAGGAACCAAGGAUAAAUCUUCCCCAUCUUCUAGAAGAAGAAGUUGAAUUCAGCACUGAUCUUAUUGAUACCUACCCGGGACAUGAAACCCUUUGGUGUCAUAGGAGGCAUAUUUUCUACCUUCAGCAUCACUUGAAUGGUAGAUUUCCUCACAGUGUGACCCAGCUGUCCCCUGCAGACAGCCCUGGGGGGACUUUGAGUGACUUGCAACUCGUGCCAGCAGGCCCCCACACGUCUCAGGCAAUGGAGGUGGAUGGACUGAAUGACUGUAGCAAGCAAGGCUAUUCCCAGGAAACGAAACGCCUGAAGCGGACACCAGCUCCAGACUCCCUGGGCCUGGAAAUGGAGCACAGGUUCAUCGAUCAAGUAUUGUCCACCUGCCGGAAUGUAGAGCAGGCCAGGUUUGCCAAUGCGUACAGAAAAUGGCUGGUUACUUUGAGUCAAUGAAAGAAGAGGAUUAGUCCUGCAGAGUUCUCCACUUAGUGCAAUAUUGCUUUCCUUUCUUAUUUACAUAGUUGCAUGAACUGUUUGCUGUUAUUGGCUAACUAUAUGUUGUUCAUCUUUAGGUUGAAAGUCCAUAGUAAAUCUUUCAUUUUAUUUAUUUUAGUAAGAACUGGCAUUCCUUUGGGGGUAAAAUAAUUGUAUAGUUCCUUCCUACUAAACAGUGAGUCUUAAUUUUUUUCUUUUUAACUUCUUGUCUUUUAUAUUUGCUAUGUGAGGCUUCUUCUCGUUUGAUUCUCCUAAUUGGUUCACACACACCUCCACCCAACUCAGUGCAAUUGCUGCAUAGGCUAUGUUUUUUUUUAAUUAAAAAUCUGUUGUAGUUCAGUUUAGGAACAAUGCAAACGUAAAGUUACUCAACCUAGUUGUUUUGAGAGUCAGAUGGCCAGAUGGACGUAUAUGUGAAAAUACAAACUAUUUCUCUUUGUCUAGCAUGCUCUACUCAAGUUAUAGACCGACAUAACCAAAGUCAGAAGUAUUGGAAUUUGUAUGAAAAACAUGCCUCCAGUGUAAUCCAUUUUUAAAAUGGUUAUUUAAAAAAAACUAUUAAUUUUAAGAGUUUAUGUAUUGCAGUACUAGAAAAUUAUUUUUAUUACUAGUUUUGAUAGAUUGUUUUUACCUCAAAUUUGGUAUAUGCCAAAAACACUCAAGUCAGACCUUAGAAAAAUCACUUUUUUUAAAAAACCUGGAAUGCCAUUUGUAGUUAUUACUACUUAUUUUCCUUCCAAAUUCACCACUAAAAAUGAGAGAAAUAUAUAGAAGAAAACACAUAGAAAUGUAUCCAUAAAAAUCUUCCUUUUUAAAAAUUUAUGUUAUUGAGGAUACAUUAGAUAUAAACUACGAAAUUUUUAUGAAGUGAUUGUUAAAAGUUUACUGGCAAAAGCCGGGGGAAAGAAUAGUUUUGAAGGUUAGUUCUUCAGUCUUUAUUUUAAAAUAUAAAGUAAUUUAAAAACUUUGAUACUAAACUUAUCAGGGAUGCGGUACCAAAGUAUCCACCUUACAGCUGUAUCUGCUUUUCAAUAACAAGGGCUGGGUUUUUCAGGUCAGUGAGGCAGGGUGGGAAAAGGGCCAAGUCAUGUCUACUUUCUUAAUGUAUUUCCCCCCUUGUAAAUGGUUUGUGUUUCUUUUUCCUCAUGCCUUUCUCUUUAUUUUCCCAAUUGUUCCAUAUUUUUUGACACUUCCACUUUGUUUUUGUUUUUCCUUACCUGUCUUAUUUCAGGGAUGUAUACUGAAAAUAUUCUUCUCCCUAUUUCCAGUGAAUUCCAUACCCCAUUAAACACACACACAGACACAAUAUGAAUAUGAACCGCCCUUCUAAAAAUUCCUCUAAUGAGGGAAGCUGUCUGUUGUCCUGUGUGUGCAGAAUGUGAGGAAUAGCGGCAGAAACAAUUGUGACCACCAUGCUUUGCCUUUGUCCUUUUUACUUGCUAGGUCACCUGUAGGGUGAGAAGACAGAGGUAGGGAAAGGCAGACUUCUGGAACUCACUAUUAUGGAAACCCUGACCUUGAGUGAGGUGCAUUGCCUUAAAGAAAAAGAAUAGGCCUUUACUUGUGCAUCAUGAUUUUGUUGAGUGGCAAACUGUGGAAUGAGACUUAAGAACACCAGAAAAAUUGUCCAACCUUGACCCUGUUGACAGAAGCUGCUCUUCUCUCUUGGGGUAAAAUUAUCCUUUUAUAGCUUUUAUAGUAUUUCAAUGAGAAAAUGAUUGCCAUUAUGAACAUAAUUUCAUGGCCCUUUGUGUGCAAAACAUAUUUUGAAUAAAAUACCUCAAGAUCUAGCUAGACUUCUAGGAAUAAAACCAUUAGUUUGUGAUUUUUCAGCACCUGCAGGCGUUGGGAGAGGACUACAGAGAUGACAUGGGAGAUUCAGCCCAUUCCACUAAUAUACAUUGCCAGAUUCUGGCCACUGAAUAUUACCUUUUUUCCAAACAUCCUUUUAAGUAUCCCAAGUAAUGGGGCUUCUUAUGCUUUGAUGUGAGUGUCAAGACGUGAGUAUAGAUAAUUCUCGGUGAAACAUCAGCUAAGUUUUAUAGUGCUUCGUGCUUUUUUAUACCUUCCACAGAGUAUGUUGACCAUCUUUGAUGUUAACUGUCUUCUUGUGUUUUAAGGCUCUUAACCCACCCCUUUCUGAAGCCAUGCAAUCCUUUAAUAUAUCUUGGUCUCUUGUCUUCCUAAUGAAGUUUUAAAAGGAGAGUGAAAAUACAGAUAUCCAAAGGAUACUGUUUAUAUGUGACUUUUGUGUGCGAUCUUAGUUCUAAAAUUUGCAUUUUUCAAGUGUUCAUUCACAGAAGAACCUAGUAUUGCCCUAUAUGGUUGUAUUUUUUUCCACUAAAUGGUUGACUUCUAAACUCACUAGCUGUAGCACGAUAAUAUCUCUUUGACUGAAUGAGCUCAUGCAGUGGAAAGGAUGUGUCUAUUUUCAGGGACUUGCUAUUCUUCACUUAUUUUUCUAUAAAUAUGUCGUUGCUAAAAGGAAAAGAUGGUUUUGAUUGACAUGCAUUUCAUCAAACUUUCACUGGAAUAAUAGUAGUCUGUCAUACCAUCCUGUGGAUCAAGAAUACUACUGACAAGCAAAAAGCAAUAAGAGCUGUAAAUAUCUGCACCACCAUCCCCCUCCCCACCUUUUUUUUAGUACCUAUUUUGGUAAUAUGGUGUUCCAAGAUUCUACUGUGUGCCUUGCACAUUGUGAGGACUCAUUAAAUAUUUAUUAAAUAAAUGAAUGAUUAACUGAAGAAGGGAAAUAUUGAUCAUGAGUGAUGGAUAGGGUAAGUUAUGAUUGAGAAAUUGAUGGAUUAGAGCAAUGAAUUGUGAAUAAAUGAUGUAUUCUAGCUUCAUGACACUUUGGGGGAGCUACUACAUGUAGAAUAAGUUAACUUAGAUUUUUUUUCUUCACUUAACUACCUUGUUUAAACUUGUAGAUCCCAGCCAAGAAAUGUAGCUAGCUCUAUAAUUAGCAAUUAACUGUACUUUAAUAUAUAUUCAAAUUCAUAGGACUAAUGAAGCCUAUUUGCAUUAAGAACACUACUUAAUGUUCAUUGAUGAUGUUGGAGCAUAGAUCUUGCCCACACAGCCAGAGCCACUUUGGGACACCCGAAGAAAUUCUUUGAUUUCAGAGACUUGUUGAUCUGUACCUGUGCUUGGACAGUCAUUUUGUGCUUCUCCUUUUCCCCUCCCCAACUUAAACUGUGGACCUUUUAGAUAGCUUCUUAAACCUGUGUGAGUCAUUUUUUAAAUUUAAGGAUUGAUACCUGUUCCUUUUUCUUUUCUGGGUUUUAGCAUUUUAUUACCUCUUUGGAAACUCUGGGCCCAGAAUUUCAGUCAUAUUUCUUAUUCCUAAUGGUACAGUUCUAGUUUAAAUUAAAGGCUUCAUUAUUAAUAGGAUUAAAGGUAUGCAGAUUGUUGCUAAAAGCCACUUAAAUCUUUAGAUAAGGGCUUAUGUGACACAAGAUGUGGAAACAGAAGUUCUUGGGUUUUUAUGUGGCAGUUCGUAAGAAAGCAUAUAUGUUGGUAGAGUUUGUGUCAUUUAGAUAUAUUCAGGUCAUGUCUGUUCAUGCUUGCUAAGACACACACUUCCGUGUGUGUGUAUAAAGAGAACUUUUAAUAUUGUUGACAAUAAAUUGUUGGUCUAGUGAUUUUUCUCUUAUAUAGCACAAGAUGAUAUCAGACAUGGGCUAAAUACAAUUUAGUUGUGCAACUACCACUUGCCAUACAGUCUAAUCUCUACCUUAGUUCCCUUGAAUUACAGAAAAUGCUAAAGAUUUAGUUAUCAAAGAAAGUAACACACAAACUUUUUUUUUCAAAAAGUUUUUGUAAACUUACUUUGUUACUAGAAAAUUAUAUUUUAAAACUUUAAAAUAUUUAAAGGAUGCUAGAAAAUUUGAACAGCAUUGUAACAACCUUUUGUCUUCUGAAUAAAUUUCCCAAAUAGAACUGUGCAAACCCUAGCACUUUCUGUGCUGCCACCCCCUAUGCCUGGUCUACUCUGUAACACGCUCCUGUUGGAGAAGUGUGUGGAGCUCCAAAGCUUAGGCAGAUUCAGUGUCGCGAAAGCAGUGAGCAGGAAAAGUCAACUCUGAGAAUUCUGCUUAACCAUCACACAGUGUCUUUUAAAAAAUAACUAUACAUACUGUGUUAAUUCGAGUGCCUUUCUUACUUUUUUGGGGAGCAAGAUUAUAUUUAAGUCUAAUUUUUAGGUGGAAAACAGAGGACGGAAGUUUUAUCAAACAGUUGAUUCUGACUCAUUAUUUUAUUUACUCCAUUUGUCAGGCAUGGUCCCAUGGAGUCUUUUAUCCUUUAAGGAGAUACUGGGAUGAGCAGAUAGGAUGCUUUGGUUUGCGUUUGAUUAGUUAUCAUUUUUAAGCACCCUGCCAAGAAUAAGUUCUUUCUCUGUGACAACUAACUUUUAGGGAGUUGUAGGUAUCACAUUUAGUGGCUGGCACAUGCAUACUUAAAAAUCAGCCUGGAACCUGUACAGCCCAGGUUCAAAGGGAAGCAGUGGCUCUCUACCCUAAAAGAAAGGCCAUAUGGGUCCUAAAUUAAUCCUUUGCCUCACUUUAAGGACUUUAAGAAUUCCCUCCCAAAUUCAGGCCUAUGUAAGAUAGUUGAAAGGGGAGAAAAAAAUGAGGCCUUUAUGCUUUCAAAUUUUGGAGGAGAAAAAGUAAAUACUGAGGUGAAGUUUAAAAUGUGGCAUUUUAUGUAUUUGAGUAUGCAGAGAGGAGGGAUAGGAGUUCCAUAUUUCAAGAUAGCAAAUAAUUUUUAAUUGUAAUUUCAUAAAAAUAUAUAGUUAAAGAUUCCAAAGUGCUUUUCAGAGAACUGUCAAAUAAUAUAUUCCUCAAGGGCAGCAGUAUGUCGUGUUCAUAGUUCAGACAGAAAACCAUUGUGUCAGUUGUGGGUCUAGGGUGCAGGGACCUCAGGCUCCCAACCUUGAUUCCUGUAUUCUCACCACACAGUGUUAAUACUUAAAACCAAACUCUGCUUAAAAAAGAAGAGCAGUAGUUUUGUCUGCUGAUGAAACCUUGUGCUUCCAAGAAUAUGAGCUACGUACAGUCUGUGCUUUCUGGACAAUAAAGUAGUCCACAAGCUAACCCUGGCAUUUCUUUUAUUAGUCUCUUACAAUGUUCCUCAGGUUGUAGAAUAUUUAUUAAAUUCAGGACAAAAUUUUAUAUCCAGUGGCAAAAAAGGCAAAAAAUAUGCUAAAUAUAUUAUUAGCUUUUAGAAUUGUAGUAUAGAUAGUAUUUUUUAUAAACCACUACCAGUGCAGUAGCUCAUAGACACUCCGUGACUGCCUCAUUGUCCAUCUUGCUGCUUCAGUCCCUAUGGCUCUAUUAUGAAUGUUCUCUUGUGUGUGUCUCCAAUGGAAAGGAUUUCUGUUUUGUGUUAUUUUCCAUGUUUGGCAGAGGUGAGGGUGUUUUAGUUGACAUCAUUCUCAAUUCUUGGAAAUCCUAUUGAGGAAAGUGAUUACUGUUGGUUGUCAAACUGACAACUAUUUUGCUGCUUAAAACUUCAGUUUCCCUGGAAGAAUGUUUUGUGUGCAGACCCUGGACCUGUUUGAUACGUUGCAGAAUGCCUCGCACCUUAUAGGAACUGAACAGGUCGGAAUUGUUAAAGGCCAGAAAGUUAAAACCAGCUUAUCUCUGUCUUACUCUCCUUGUCCACAUUCUUAGCUUCAGAAGAAAUGCAGUAUUGUGCAUAAGAUACAUAAUCAGGUUCAAACAUACAAGGCAAAGAUUGUAAGUGAAAUUUAGAUACUUUUAAGGCAUAUAUAUGUGCAUGUCUGUGUAUACACGUUAUGUAUAUACAUUUAAAUGAGAUUUGGAACUUGAAUUUAUAUAGCGGUUUUACAAAGAAUUUUAUCCAAAGGAUUUUUAUUUUCAUAUUUGCUUAAAGUGCUCGUAUUUAAAGGCAGUUUUCUUUAUUAGACCAACUCCCUCAAGAAAACUUGGAACCUUAACACAAGUGCCCAUUUGCCUGAAUUAACCAGAUAUUUGUGUAAACUGUUUAUGUUAAGUCUUCGGUGGCUUAUGAACCAUGACAUUCUGGCUUGUCUUCCAUACCUUAAAGAAAUCAGUCUUAAUUUUGUGUAUGGCAGUCAUUUUCCUCAAAGUACUAUGCAGCAUACUUCAGGUGUUUGUUUAUCUUUAUAAAAGUGAUCAAUAAUAAAUUUGAGGUUUUUAAACGUCAUAGGGAUGAACAGUCUCACGUGUCCAGAAGUUGAUUCAACACAGCCUCCUAUUAGAAAUGCUCCUGUGUUAUCCUCCCUCAGAAAUGUCAGCUUGCAUCGGGAGCAGGUAUUUUUCCUUUCCGUUGAAGAAUGAGUGUAGACUGAGUGCAGUCACAGGAGGUGCUCCAGAAACCUUAGCCGCUUAUUGAGCUAACGUCACACUAACAGUGAGCUUGCAGAAAGGAGGCUGUUGUCAUCUCUUCACUGAGGAGUAUAUUUGUAGAGUAAUAUAUGUUUGAAACUGAAAAAUUAUAUCAUUUGACAUGAAUAUUAGGCUUAUUUAGGCUGGAGUUAGUAACAAUAAAAAUAUUGUUUAUGUAGAACAUGGUCUGAAGAUAGGAGAUGCAAAAAGUUUAGUAUCUUUUUGUGCAAGGCACAUUAAUAAAUGUGAUUAAAUGUCUUAAGAGACUGCUGACCUCUAGAGAGAACUACUGUAGUCUUCUGCAAUCAGUUUCUGUGUUGGUAUAGCCAGUAUUAUCUGGUUUAGGUUCUGUUUAUUUCUCCCUAAAUCUUGGUUGCUUUCCAUUGUCUUAAAAGCAGUAAUGCUAAACAUGAAGUUAUAUUAACUUCUACUUACAUGUUUUCUCAGAACAUCUUUAAACUGAGGGAGAAAAUUUUAUGAAUGAUAUAGUAGUUUCAGAAUCUGUUAAUUUGUGGCUCUUAGAGCAUUUUUGACAGAAUUUACCUAAUGUCCACACGUUUAAACAGUUAAAAAACAAACAUUCCAACCUGAGCUGUAAGGAGCAGAGUGUAUGGUACAAGUGUAAUUGGGCGUUGCUUCGUGAUGGGGUUCUUGGUGCGUGACCGUGAUGCUGGCUUCUGACUGAGGGGACCGCUGUCUGGAUUGUGUUUUGGUGUGUGUGGUUCCUAGGAGAAAUAGCAGAAUGUGUGCUAGAUCAACUUGUUCUUGAGUUGGACAAAAUAAAAUAUGAGGUAUAUUAAAUAUGCCAAAUAUUUAUACACUCAGCACUACAAAAACUAAAAAAAGGAAGAAAAUGAUAAAAGGUCAAUAAUGUUUUUUUAAUAGCUUCUAAAAAAGUUUUUUAAUUUGGGUCUCAGACACUAGAUAGUUUUUUACUUUAACACUGAGGGAGUUUGAGGGAUUGUUCUCAGAUACUAUAUUCUGCUCUUAGAAUCCACCGUGUGUGUUAAUUUUGCAUUGCUUGAAGAGUUUCCCUAAAAUGGAGUAUUUAAGUAAGUUGCAGUCAAUGUUGUUUUAAGAUUUUCUUGUAAGUUAUGGUCAAAUGGACAAGUUACAAAUAUAAUCUGUGUUACAAGCUCAGAUCUUGGGCAUUAAAGAUAAGUUUGGCUGACUUAUUUUACUAAAGAUAAUAAUUGUCUUCAUUCUGAUUGCACUGCUGUUUCCUUAAAAUUUUCCCCCCAAUAUAUCAGUCUACAUUGAAGUUCCUUUAGUUCUCACCGUAUACUAAUUGACAUUUUUUAAGGAUUAGUGAAUUCUUUUUACACUUAGGAUGUAUACUUUGCAGAGGAAUAAAAACAAAUUUUGCAAUAAGGGAUGUGCAGAGUGUGUUUAUGGUGUUCUGGGAAUUAGUGCUCCAGAGAGCUUCAAGUGUGAUGCUGAAUGCUAAGGCCACAAUAAUGACUAUAGAGUAUCUGUAUCAGCACUGUCUGGUAGAAGUAAGUGUGAGCCACGUAGAUAAUUUUUAAUUUUCUAGUAGCCACGUUAAAAAAAGAAACAGGUGCAGUUAACUUUAAUAAUUUAGUUAACCCAAUAUAUUAAAAAUAGUAUCAUUUCAGUGUGUAGUCAAUAUACAAAAUUAUUGAGAUGAUUUACCUUCUUUUUUUCCCCAUACUGUCUUCAGAAUUCAAAGUGUAUUUUGCACUCACGGUGCAUCUCACUUCUGACUAGCUACCUUUCAAGUGCUCAAAUAGCCACGUGUGGCUAAGGAGGGCUAAAUUAGUGCAGAUUUCAUAGGGUACAAAGUAUGACUUUAUUUUAAAUUGGGAGAUGGUGAGGUAGACAUGAAAUUAUGGUACUUUAAAAAUUACUUAGUAUACUUAAGAAAAGUAGCUAAUAGGAUUAUCCACUCAUUUUCCUUUGUAUUUUAAAUUUGCUCUAGAAGUAGGCUCAACCUGUUCCAAUUUGCCAACUGUUAUUUAAGGAGGAAGAAACUCCUUGCUAUGUAAAAUACCAUAAUAUGCUAAUUGUAACAAUGCAUUAUUAACAACACAUUUUUCGAUGUGUUCACUAAAUUCUGUCCUGUUUCUUCAAAAUAAUAGCUUAAAUUGCAUGUUACUUGUGUAUCUGUACCUAUUUUGUUUUUAUAUUAUUCUUAUAAUACAAUAAUAUGUAUUAACAAACAGCCCUGGGAUUCUUGUCUUCCUGCACAGCUGUCUUCCAGUACUUACUGCUACACUUAGUAAAUUGUGAUAAGUGGCAGAAAAGUAGAAUGAACCAUUCUUCCUUCCAUUAGCUUUGUUUUUAUCAUGUGAUCAUGUACCAACCCAGCUAUAAAUCAUUGUAUUUCUGUAGAAUAUGGAAUAGAGUGUUUAUGUCUUAUCUUGGCUAAAUGUUUGCAAUUUCUAAGUAAACUUUUCAU